AUGAGCGAGAUCCUGCUCGCGGCCGAUCUCACGCAGCACGGCACAUACAGAGCCGCCGGAGUCGGUAGGGGAGGGCUCAACCGCUUGCGCAGCACGACCCAGCCGUACAACGCGUUUGCAAGCCCCUCCCAGGAUGACGCUUACUACGAGCUACCACUGCCUUCGGGACAUGCCAACGCAAACAACCAACCGGCUGUGAACACGGAGUGGCUCGACGCGGGCGCGGGCGACACAUGCACGAUAGAGAGUUAUGGCGACCCUUACGCGGCUGCGUCUACUGCCUACGCGGCGCACCUGCCGCCUCCGCAGCCUCGACCAGCUGCAACAACUGCACAGCAAAGGCUCGUCUCGGACGUGGAUGACCUGUACGGAGGGCUCAUGAACGCGUUUACCAUCUUGGGAGAGCACGACUACUAG